GUGUGUGUGUGUGUGUAGAUGUUGCUGGACCCCAUGGGAGGAAUCGUGAUGACCAACGAUGGAAACGCCAUCCUCCGAGAGAUCCAGGUCCAGCAUCCUGCCGCCAAGUCCAUGAUCGAGAUCAGCCGCACGCAGGACGAAGAGGUGGGGGACGGGACCACGUCAGUCAUCAUCCUGGCUGGAGAGAUGCUGUCCGUAGCGGAGCAGUUCCUGGAGCAGCAGAUGCAUCCGACCGUCAUCAUCAGCGCCUACAGACAGGCUCUGGAGGACAUGUUGGACACCCUGAAGGACAUCAGCACACCGGUGGACACGUCCGUCCGCUCCAUGAUGCUGAAGAUCGUCCACUCGGCCAUCAACACCAAGGCCCUGAGCCGCUGGUCCGAGCUCGCCUGCAGCAUCGCCCUGGACGCCGUGCGCACCGUGGAGCGGGAGGACAACGGGCGCAAAGAGAUCGACAUCAAGAAGUACGCCAAAGUGGAGAAGGUACGCUUCCUGUUAGUCAGCCUGACCCGCUUCCUGUUAGUCAGCCUGACCCGCUUCCUGUUA